AUUACCCUCAACUGAAUACAUCUCACUUGAUGAAAUCUUCCUGGGUAAGAACGGUUGUUCUGGGAGUUGUCAACCAGAAAGUUGAAGAGGAAGUUUUUCAGGCUGAGAUGGAGCGGAAGUUGGCCCAGUUAUUGAAUGAGGCUGUGGGCCGAGGGCGGAUCUGGAGAAGAGCAACUUUUGCUGGGAAGAACAUUGUGCAGAUGGUGAAUUUGUCACGUUUAGAGGAGGCCGACAGUCCCAUUAUGCUGGUCUAUUUUGUGGAAGAUCAAGAUGGAGAAAGGCUCAGUGCUGUGAAGGCAUCAGAUUUGAUUAAUAGAGUGGAUAUCCAGAAGGCUGCCAUCAUCCUGGGUUAUCGCAUUCAGGGUCCAGUGGCUCAGCCUGUGGAUCAAGUCAAAGAAUCUCCUCCAGAAUCACAGAAUAAUCUUUGGAUUAUUGUUGGUGUUGCAGUCCCUGUAGCUGUGGUGCUGCUGAUAAUCAUAAUUUUAUACUGGAAGCUUUGCCGCACUGACAAACUUGAAUUUCAGCCAGAUACCAUGAGCAACAUACAGCAGCGGCAGAAGCUACAAGCUCCUAGCGUAAAAGGCUUUGAUUUUGCAAAGCAGCAUUUAGGCCAACAUAACAAAGAUGACAUCCUGAUCAUACAUGAACCAACUCCUCUGCCAGGACCAAAUAAGGAUACUACACCCUCUGAAAAUGGUGACCUCCCAAGCCCCAAGACCAAGUUAUCUUCAAAGCCAUCCAAGAAUGUCCGACAUAGAGGGAGAGUUUCACCUUCUGAUGCUGAUUCCACAGCAAGUGAGCACUCGAGUGGCCGAGAAACAGGAGAUGAAACCGUAAGACCUCAAAUAGCUGUCAGUGAGGUGAAAUCUCACAGAGUUAGCAAAUCUGGCCCUCCACAGAUCACUAAUGGAACUGAGCAGCACUCUUCAGCCUCUAUCUUUGAGCAUGUGGACCGAAUGUCACGAUCCUCUGAAAUCAGUAGAAGAGUCCCUAGCAAGAUCCAACUGAUUGCUAUGCAGCCCAUAACAGUGCCUCCAGUGCAAAACCAACCACUCUCUGACCGAGUUGCAGAAACCAAUAAAAUUAAUAAGGAGAUACAAACAGCUCUGAGGCAUAAAUCUGAGAUUGAGCAUCAUCGUAACAAGAUCCGACUACGAGCCAAGCGCAAAGGACAUUAUGAAUUCCCAGUUGUGGAUGACGUGGUUAUCAUUGAUACCAAAGAGCAGCAGCAGAUGUACCGCAAGGCACAGAUGCAGAUAGAUAAAAUCUUGGACCCUGGUGGCAACAUGCCACCUGUUUUCAUAGAACCCAGGAAGAGUUCACGGGCAAAACGAUCUCCAAAGCAGCGCCGGAGGCAUCAGAUGAAUGGAAGCCCAAUGGAUGCAGACAAGGACAGACUAAUCACAACAGACAGUGAUGGGACUUAUAAAAGGCCUCCGGGUGUCAACAACUCAGCCUACAUUUCUGAUCCUGACCUUCCUGCAGAUCCCCAGACACCUUCUUCAUCUGAAUUGGGAAAAUACUCAGGCCUGCCUUCCCACGCUAUCCAAUAUGUCCCUCCUCAGCCAUCUAUUGAAGAGGCCCGGCAAACAAUGCAUUCUCUCCUGGACGAUGCCUUUGCCCUGGUGGCUCCUAGUAGUCAAGCAUCUAGUUCUGUUGCCAUCGCCCAUCCUGGAGGGUCAGGAGGACAGUCAACAAACACUCCUGUUCGGGCACCAAGAGAUACCCCCAGUAGUCAGUGGGGAUCACCCUACAGCCAGGCUCACACAAGAUACAUGGAAUUUGGGAUGACUCCACCCUCAGCGCCAGGCCUGUUGCAGAGGCAAAACUUAGGACCAGGGUUUCUUCCACCUGUUGAAUUAAUACACCCCGACCCACAGCCAUCUGAUGUCCAGUAUUCCACUCGAGGUAUCUAUCCCGAGGAAAUGCCAUCAGUGGCACGGCCACGGCCAGUUGGAAGCACUGCAGGUUCUCAGAUACAGCACCUCACUCAGGUGGGAAUUGCUAGCAGGAUCGGAGGUCAACCAAUGGAGAUCCCCUCAGGCAGAGCAGGGCAUGGCCAGCCAGGGGAACAAGGGUGGCCCCCAUACCGUGGAGAGGAUGAAUUUGCUAGGAGAGAAGCAACACAUAUGCCUGGACAUCACGAAUAUUGCUCCUCACCAGUAUUCCAGAUGCCGCGGAAUUCAGCUCGACAGCCUUCAGCUCCACCUGUUCAUCUGCCAGCCAGCAACCAGCAAGGUCCAGGUCUUUGCUACAAUACCAGCUCCCCUGAGGACCUCCAAACAGGACAUUCUUCUGCCUCCCUCAUCAAAGCAAUCCGAGAGGAGCUUCUCCGGCUCUCUCAGAAACAGACCAUUGUGCAGAACUUCCACAGCUGAUUUGUUCUGUCCUUGCAAAUCAGCCAAUUAUCUGCUUCCUGUGGAAGCUCGACUUGCAGGAAAAUCAGCAAGAGCCUGCUGUUCUUCUAUCAGA